CAUUUGCCCACUGGGUUAGCUUAUUUUAGCUGAGGCAACAGGGAUUUGCAGUGGUACAAAAAUGUGUGGAUGUGGUGGAAGAACAUUUGGCAGAGAGAGGUUUCCAUAGUCUCUGCCUGUCUUUGAGAUGUAUUAUCAUGGAGUUGCAGGUUGGAAAAAUUACAACCACAUCCAGUGAUCUGCAGCAGCAAGAGGCCAUUACAUCUGAGUGCUAAAUUUACAGUGAAGACACACCAGAAGAAAUGAAGAGGCAGCAAAAAAAUGAAAGGGAAAAAAUACAGAUUCUUUAUGCAAGGAAGGAGGAGCCAAGAACAAAACAGUCUGUGUCACUUGACUGUACUGAAAUACAGGAAAUGACAUUAGAAGGUGGACCAGAGCAUGCCCAGAACGAGGCGGCAUUGACUCAGGAGGAGAGAAGGAAAUAUUCUCCAUUAUCUGUCAAGCAGAAGAGCCAACGUGGACAGACAGCAUUAGGUGGAUGCAAAGUGGACUGCCACCUCCAAAGGUCCAAACCAAAGGGUUUACUGCCCUCCUCAAACCAGGACAAAGAGAUGAAGAUAGAGGAGCCUCGUGGAAUUGGGCCAUUCUACUUCUUUGGAGGCACAAAUGGGGCUGAAAUUUCUGGUUUGCUUGGACACAUGUGGCUGAUUUUCUACAGAGUGUGCAGCUACUGUGACAACAGAGGGUGGAGGAGAAUUUAUAACACGCACAGAGAAGAUUUGAGACUCAAGUGGUGCGAGACAAAAUCUCUAGCUAACUACAGCAACUUCAGAGAAGGUAAACACUUGGUAUACCAGAUUCCCAAUAACAAGAUUCUCACCACUAAAAUCGGCCUCCUCAACAGCCUGCGGCAAUUCGAGCGAGCGAGCUGCAAAGUCAAAUGCGGCCAUGGACGCAGAACGCUGAAAAUGGAGGAGUUUAUUCCUAUUACGUUUCGCUUGGAUGUGAAGGACGAGAGGGAAGUUUUCUUUUCCCACUUCGCCCAACAAGAGGGUAAAACAGGCGUGAAGAACACUGAGAGCUGUAUGUGGAUCUGUAAGCCCACGGGUCUGAACCAGGGGAGAGGGAUCUUCCUUCUGAAGAACCAGCAGGAUGUGGCCAAACUCAGACUGAAGCUGCAGAGUCUGGAGGAUAGCCAGGCCAACAGGAGGACGCCUCACUGCCAGACUCAGGCUCACAUUGUCCAGCGUUACAUUCAGAAACCACUUCUAAUAAAUGACAGAAAAUUUGACGUGCGCUCUUACCUUCUCAUCGCCUGCACUGCGCCUUACAUGAUCUUCUUCCGUCAUGGAUACGUCCGACUGACAUGUGAAGUCUAUGAUCCGAGGUCCAAAAACCUCUCUGCACACCUCACCAACCAGUAUAUGCAGAAGAAAAACCCUCUGUACAGCCAGCUGAAGGAGGACACUGUAUGGUCUAUGGAGAGCUUCAACACCUACGUCAAUGACAAGUUUCAGGUUGCCAAGGGUCUGUCCAGGGACUGGGUGCUGGGAGCCUUUGCGAAGCGCAUGCAGCAGAUCAUGACUCAGUGUUUCUUUGCCGUCAAGGCAAAGUUAAACCAGCGCCCGGGAUUUUUUGAUUUGAUCGGCUGCGACUUCAUGGUUGACGAGGACUUCAAGGUGUGGCUGCUGGAGAUGAACUGUAAUCCAGCUCUACACACAAACUGCGAGGUGCUGAAGGAGGUGAUUCCCCGCACUGUUGUGGAGACUCUGGAUUUAACUUUGGAGCUGUUUAACAAGUGUCGUCUCGGGAAGAAAACCUUUCCUUUGGCAAGUCAGCAAGACUUUGUACUGCUGUACAAUGGUGCCUUGGAACAUGUCUGCAGCCAGAGGAACAAUAGUAGUGAGUUCUACCAGAAAAUAGUCGAUAAAAACCACAGGACAGAGCCCAGAACGCAUAAGGAUGGGACAGAGGGCAAAAAGGGGACUGGAUCGCCACCUGAUAAUCCUCUGACUGAAGUCACUGCUACAGUAACAUUACCUCUUCAUCCAAACACAUCAAUGGAUGAAUGCUUAAAAAACUGUCAAGAGGAAGAUCACAUUACCUCAAGUCAGACUGAAUCCAAGCAACUGCAGUGCUGUGAUUGUUUAACAGCCACAGAUGAUGGGAAACAACCAAAGACUUAGCAGUAGUGAAAGAUCACCAUGUUUCUGUUAUCAUCGGCGGCCCAGGGUGACUGCAGCUUUGUCUGCGUCUUUCCUGAUAAAAACUGAAAAAGAACGGAGUCAGAUCAGCUAACAAAAUAAAAGAGGAACUGUGAUGCAUGGAACAAAACGUGAUCUUUGUCUGAGACGUGCAGGUGGAAAAGUUUUCUGCGACAAUAAAAACUAUUUUCCUCAA